AUGACCAAGCCAAGACUCACAUACCACGACGUGCUGCUCUACGAGUCGGACGUGGCGCUAUUCGCGAGUCGCCAGUGGCUCAAUGACGCCACCAUCAACUUCUACCUGCAGCAUCUCACACACACGUGCGCUCCAAGCGACACGUUGCUCAUGGACCCCGCCGUCGUUUCGUGUCUACUGCAUCAGUGCGAGGACGAGGACGAGUACUCGGACUUGGCCAGAGGUUUAGAACUCCUUUCCAGACGUCUCUGCAUCAUCCCAGUGGCGGACAACGACGCACUGGGCGGAGGAAGUAGUCACUGGUCGUUGCUGCUCUACUGCGACGGCAGUUUCCGUCACUUUGACUCGAGCGCCGGCCACAAUAAACAAGCGGCUGGACGUGUAGCCAAGUCGUUUGAGCUGCUGUUGCAAGCGGCUGGAAGACAGGAUGGAGACGGAGCUUCUAAUCGAGUUGAGGAGGUUGUAGACGCCCCUCAGCAGAAGAAUAGCUUUGAUUGCGGUGUAUACGUACUGAUGCUGGCCGAGUUUUUCAGCCGCCAGCUCGAGCACCAGACGAGUCUCUCUGCUUAUGCAACGCAGGACCGAGCGACGGAACUCCGUCAAGAGAUGCCCAAUCUUAUCGAGCGACUUCAGCAUGAAGAGACAAAAGAAUCGAGUUGA